UUGACAGUAUGGUCAAACUCCCAGAAAAGGAGAAACAAGAGAAGGUAAAAACCACAGGAUUCACCACAAAAAGGGGAAGGCCACCUGUGUGCAAACAGUCCUGGUCUCUGGGAGUUCCUUGGUUUUACAGCCUGGGCAGGGGCCACCAGGAAGCUGGUUUUCAUCAGCAAGAUGCUAAUAAAGGCAGAGCGAGGGAACCGGACUCUGCAGAAGACCAGAAGUUUUCCAUCAAGAGAAGUGAAGCUCCUGAUCAGGAAGACUCCUCCAUGAAGCCAUUUGCUCUCCUGAUUCUACUGCUGGCUGGCCUCCCACAAGGGAAACUGUGUGAUUGCAACAGCCGCCUCAGCUCAGUGAAACAAGAUGUCCUCAGUAUGCUGAUGAAAUGGGAAGGGGAAUCCUGCCUUGCAAACCAGCCACACUGGCCUCAGAAAUUUCCCCAGAGCUGCAAAGAAAUCAAGAACUCCUCGCCACAAGGGACCACAGAUGGAUUGUAUUUCCUGUCCACGGAAGACGGAGAGAUCUACCAGACCUUCUGUGACAUGACCACCAAUGGAGGGGGCUGGACUUUGGUGGCCAGCAUCCACGAGAACAACAUGUAUGGGAAAUGCACUGUGGGCGAUCGCUGGUCCAGCCAGCAGGGCAGUGACGCCAACAACCCCGAAGGAGAUGGAAACUGGUCCAACAAUUCCACCUUUGGGUCAGCCAUAGCCUCCACAAGCGAUGACUACAAGAAUCCUGGCUAUUACAAUCUUGACGCCGGAGAUCUGGCCAUAUGGCACGUCCCCAACAACACCCCCAUGAAGGAAUGGCAAGGGGCUUCGCUCUUGAGAUACCACACCGAAACUGGAUUCUUGGCUACACUAGGAGGGAACUUGCUCAGGCUUUACCAGAGGUACCCGGUGAAAUAUGGCAUUGGCAGAUGUCAAACAAACAAUGGCCCAGCUGUACCUGUCGUCUACGAUGCCGGGAAUGCCCAGAACACAUCUGGCUAUUACUCUCCAAAUGGUCGAGGUGAAUUUGUCCCUGGCUUCAUGCAUUUCCGAGUGUUUAACAACGAGAAAGCUGCCAUGGCCCUGUGUGCUGGGGUGAAAGUCACAGGAUGCAACACUGAACACCACUGCAUUGGCGGAGGAGGGUUUUUCCCAGAAGCGAGUCCUCGACAGUGUGGGGACUUUGCCAGCUUUGACUGGGACGGCUAUGGGACCCACAAAAGCUGGAGCGCUUCCAAAGAGAUAACCGAGUCUGCCGUGCUGCUCUUUUACCGCUGAUCCAGAAUCCAGAGGGAAGCUGGUGCUGUCGAAACAGACGCACGAGAGCCACAACCCUGAGAAUGACAGGACUUUAUUUAGGGUGCAGCGGGGCUAAAGAACCUGGGACACCUCCAGGCACUGUUGGACUUCAACUCCCAUCAGCUCCAGCCGUCAUGGCCCAUGGGAUGAUGGGAGAUGGAGGCUCAACAACGGCCCCCACUGGUUCCCUGGUCCUGGACCGCAGAAACCUUCAAAGGCAAUUAAAAUAAAAAGCCUGAACUGA